UGAUCAUAGUGGGUGUAUACCUCGGAUUAAUCAAGGCUGUCUAUGGAAAUACAGAUUUUCACGAUACAAAACAACCCAGAUUUAUAAUUUGAAUUAUUUUCUUUGAAAAUCUAAAAAUAAUACCGGAUUUUCUCACGUCAGAUUAUUUACCCACGUAUUUAGUAAAUUGUGUCUGGAUAUUUCACACCUGGGGAGAGAAGGUGUCUGAAAAAUGGCUCUACAGAAACAGAAGCAGUACGACUGGAAAGAUUCCAAUCUUGCAUUGUUUGGCUCCGACACGGAGACAGAGGUUAAAAAGGAAUCUGCCGAACAAGAACCUGCAUGGAAGAACGCCGGACAAACAUGUGGACUGCAGAUCUGGAGAAUUGUGAACUGGAAGGUAACAACAUGGCCUAAAGAGGACUAUGGGAAAUUCUUUGAUGGAGACUCGUACAUCAUACUCAACACAUACAAGGAAGAAGGGUCAGACAGGUUCUUGUACGAUGUACACUUCUGGAUUGGCAAGUACAGCACAGCAGAUGAGUAUGGAACGGCGGCCUACAAGACGGUGGAGCUAGACACCUAUCUAGAUGAUGUGCCUGUUCAGCACCGAGAGGUUCAAGGUCAUGAGUCUGCGUUGUUCCGUAGUUACUUCGAAGCUAUUACAUUAUUAAAGGGUGGUGCUGAAAGUGGUUUCAGACAUAUGAAACCGCAAGAAUACAAGCCACGCCUCCUUCAUUUCCAUGGCGACCGUCAGGGAGUUGUCGUGAAGGAGGUUCCACGAUGUAGGAGUCUGCUGGACAACACGGAUGUCUAUAUACUGGACCUGGGUUUAAAACUCAUUCAGUGGAAUGGGUUAGGAAGCAACAAAGAGGAGAGGAUGAGAGCGUUACAUUACUUGAAAGAGUUGCAAGGCGAAAGAGGAGGGAAAUGUAGGACUGAAACUCUUGACGAAGAACCAAGGGCUCGUUCGAAUGAGUUCUAUAAAGGCCUCACAGAGGACAAAGCUGAAGUUGACGUUACAGAGGAAGCCGCUGUUGAUAAAACAAAAGAACUGUACAGAUUGUCAGAUGCUUCCGGUGAAAUGAAGAUGACUAAGGAAAAAUCAGGAAAAAUCGAGAAGGAAGACUUCGACAGCAAAGAUGUGUUUAUUUUCGAUACAAAGGAUUCAGUGUUUGUGUGGAUUGGAACAGAGACAUCCAAGAUGGAAAGGAAAAAUGCAUUGACAUACGCCCACAACUAUCUGAUGAAAACAGACCACCCGCUGGUUCCUGUUUGUUGUCUUCCGGAGAAGAUGAAUUCACCCGCCUUUCAGCUCGCUCUCGCCGCCUAAACGACUUUCGCUGUGCACUGUAUUUCUGUCAGUGGCACCCCAAAGGACAGUGUUUUCCACACUUUUUUGUGUGGUCUUUUUUGUUUAGUUAUACAAGAUCUAAGUGUCAGGCCAACAGUUUCCAACAAGUUACAUUCUGUGUUGCAGUAUGCAUUCUUUGAUCAGAGUUAAUCAUAUCAACUUUUUUCAUCUUGACUUGGACAAUGUAUGUGUGAAUUCGUUGUUAGUUUAAAUAAUUGUUAAAACAGUUAAUUUUAUGUGUUCUCAUUUAUGCCUGAUAGAAUACAGUCCUGACACUAUGGCCAUUGUUUCUAAUCUACAUCGUUGUAAUUUCCAUAACAAGUGUAUUCAUAUACAAUUGGAUUUUCAUAUAGGCUUGUACAAAGACGUGUGGUAAUACAUAUCCCUUUGUUAGCACGGAUUUCUUUUUCUUUUAAUUUUGUAUGCACAUAUAUAUAUGAACCUUUUAAUCACGUGCUGUCUUUGCUUACUAUGUUUAUCUAUCAUAGUAUACCGUUAUUGUAUUCGCAUUUUACAUUGUGUAUAUCUUUCCUUUGACUUUGGUGGAAGUAAAGAAAUAUUAUCUUAA